AUGAAGAACUUUGGCGACGAAGAUAUCAGGAGAGUGUUGGAGGAGUCUGAUGGUGAAGAUUCACUGUUCAAUGUGUAUGACCAUGAGGGAAUUGUCGAGGACGAUGAUGUGGACAUUGAUGAACGUGAAGGAGAGACAGUCGAAGCAAUUGCCAGAGAGGUACAACAUGAUGGAGAAAUGGGUGAGUCUGCACACUCUGAAAUACUUAGUGGACAACAUGAAAAUGCUGAAAUACCAGACAGCCCCAUCACCAUCAGUAACCCACCAAAUGUAUCUUCACGAACGUCGAGGUCAAGACGAAUACAAUCACAAGUGUCUCUUGACUCCGAGUGGCAGGUAGUUGUAAAAGAUUUAUCGAGAAAACCUUUCACAGGGCACGACGAACCAACGCGCCAAAAUCUGCUUUUCGAUGUAAACACAGAUCUUUAUACAAUUUUUCGAAAAAUUGUUAAUGAUGAUGUCCUAAAACUAAUGGUGCAACAAACAAAUUUGUAUGCCGCGCGGUUUUUACAAGAACCGGCAAAGCCACACAGUCGAAAAAAACGAUGGUCAGAUGUCGACGAAUCAGAAAUGCUAAAAUUUCUUGGUGUAAUUCUACUAAUGGGUAUAAUACCCUUCCCAACGAUAGAAUCAUACUGGAAAAAAGGAUGUAAUUUAUUAUCAUCCAUUACUUUAUAA